UGGCAGGUUAUAUCCACUUAUCUUUUGUUCCAUCCUCAUCUUCUGCAACCCAUUUUUUUCUCCUCUCUUAAUUGAAACCUAAAAAUGCCACUUUUCGCCCCUUCUUCCGCAACCCCUUUGUGUUUUUCUCAAUGGAAAACCCACCAUUCAAAUUCCCCAACAAGGUUUUCCUCUAAUUCAUUCACCCCUUUUCCCCUUCUUAAAACAAGCCACACAGCCUCACACUUUAAACACAAAUUUUCAUUUUCAUCAAGAUGCUCAGAGCACGAUCAUGGUUCUGACACCGAAGAAUACUCUAGGACCUACAAUUGGAUUGAUGAAGAAGAUAUUGAUAUUAAACAAAAAGUUAAGGAUCCUGGGACGCCAUGGGAAGGUGCAGUUAUAUACAAGAGAAAUGCCUCCGUUUUACAUCUCGAGUAUUGCACUACUUUGGAGAGAUUAGGUUUAGCAAGAAUUUCAACUGAUCUUUCAAAGAAAAAAGCUUCUGUUAUGGGAUUGCGAAUUGCGAAAUCAGUCAAGGAUUAUCCUAAUGGAACUCCUGUUCAGAUUUCUAUUGAUGUUACCAGGAAAAAGAAGAAAUUGAGGCUUGAUGGGAUCAUCAAAACUUGCAUCACACUUCUCUGUAAUAGGUGUGGCGACCCAUUUGCGGAGGGGAUAUUCUCCGAGUUCUCGCUUUUACUCACCGAUGAACCACCUGUUGUUGAUCCAGGGAUUAAUGAUUUGGGUGUUAUUUACGGGGUAGACCAAAUUAAAACUCUUGGAAAAAGCCAAGAGGAUGACGAAGAUGCCUUAAUUGAUCCGGACGAUCAACUACAUUUUCCUCGCACGGAGACAGAAAUUGACAUUUCAAAAAACAUAAGAGACAGGGUGUAUGUUGAGAUCGUCUUAAGUUUAGUAUGUGAUCCUGGGUGCAAAGGCAUCUGCUGGAAUUGUGGUAAAGACUUAAACGCCGGGAGUUGCAGUUGUAGCAACAAAGAGGAAGCGGAAGAUGACGGCUUUAGCCCGUUUUGGAAUUUAAAAGAGAAGUUACAAUCGAAACAAUCAUGAAGUUCAUGUUUGAGAUUUUCUGACAGUGCUGAAUCAGAAUCAUCUUUUGCUGGUUUGAUGUAAUGCUUAGAGUUUCAUACAAUCAUAGUCAUGAUAGCACUUGUUAUUUUUAACAGAAAUUUUCAGAGAAUUUUUAUCUUUAAUCCUUAGCUUUGUGUAGCACUUGUUAGCAAAAUUUUAACAAAACUCUAUUUGUGAAUCCAAUUGGUAUGAACCGUAGUUGACUCGAUUGGAUUUAAUUGUGCUUGAAAUUUGCUUGUUCA